AUGAUAUCAGAAGAACAAAUGAAGCACAUACUGGAGGCCCAGCAGGCCAGCUUCAUGGCAUUACUCACGGAAAUGCAACGAAAUUGGGGACCGGCAUCCAGAGAGAACAAGAGGAAACAGGUCGAACAACGGAUCAACGAGUUCGUUUACGAUCCAGAGGGAGGCGUAAAUUUCGAAGCCUGGUUUCGAAAGUACGAAGGACUGUUCGAAGAGAAGGGAGCAGAACUGGACGACAAGACGAAAGUGGAAAUCAUUCUGCUAAAACUGGCCCAGCGGGAACACGAGCGGUACGUAAAGUUCAUUCUGCCUCAGAAACCAUCAGAUGUCUCGUUUAAGGACACAGUCAAGCAUUUGAAAGCAUUGUUCUGUUUUACAAAGUCAUUAUUCUAUCGACGUUAUGAAUGUUUCAAGCUAGAACGUAAGCCUGAAGAAGACUAUUUUGACUUGGCCGGUCGAGUUAAUGAUACUUUUCAACAAGCCGAGCUUGAACAGGCCACCAGCACACAGAUUAAAGCACUAUUUUGCAUUAAGUCGUUGACGUUGCCAGAAGAUGCAGAUGUGCGCACGCGGUUACUCGCCCAGCUAGACCAGAAAGGCGAUAUGACAGUACAGGAACUGGCAGAGGAAUGUGUCCGAAUCACAAAUAUCAAGCAAGACACCCGGCUUAUUGGAAGCACAAAUAGUCAGCCAGUUUACGUUUUCGACACACAAUCGAGACAACCACAACCAAUAGAGUUUCUCCACGGAAGCCAAAGACGGCUUGUUGGCUGUGCGGCGGCUGGCAUUACGUGAGUGAAUGUCCCUAUCGUAGUAGGAAGUGCUACAAAUGUUCCCGUGUUGGCCAUAAAGCUUCACAUUGCAGAGCAGCGCACACUAGCCCAAGAAAGAAUUGCCAUGUCGUUUUAGAAGACGAUUCGCAUGUACUCAACUGUGAACACCGGAAAUACCUGACAGUGAAGAUUAACGAAAAGCCGAUCACAUUACAAGUAGACACGGCUUCUGAUCUGACCAUAAUCAGCAUGCGCAUAUGGGAGGACAUCGGUUCUCCAGAAUUGACACCAUCAGAGAUCAUAGCGUGGGCGUCGAACGAGACGCGUAUGGAAUUUGAAGGCGUUUUCCAGGCGACUGUCAGUUUUCGAAACAUGACUUGCCUCGCAGAUGUCUAUGUGUCGAAGACCCGUAACAAUCUUCUCGGAAAUAAGACGAUCUCCGAACUGGGAUUGUGGAACCGUCCCUUUGACGAAAUUUGCAGCGCGGUGCACAACACUACUGAGGAGGUCCUGAAGAAUAAGUAUAUGGAACGCAUGGAGAACGCGGCCGGCAGGUGCACGAAAACGAAGAUAAGUUUGAAAGUGAAGCCGGAGAAAAAGCCAACUUUCAAGCAGAGCCGACGAGUCCCGUUUGCGGUACAGUCGUCCGUAGAAGCUGAACUAGAAAGACUACAGACAAAGGGCAUAAUCUAUCCUACCAAUUAUUCAGCUUGGGCUGCUCCAGUCGUGGCGGUGAAGAAACCCAACGGACAAAUACGAUUAUGUGCGGAUUAUUCAACGGGCCUGAACGACGCACUAGAAGAUUAUCAUUACCCGCUGCCAACCUUAGAGCAGAUUUUUGCUACUCUAAACGGAGGGAAAGUCUUUGCAAGGAUCGAUCUAUCCGAAGCUUACUUGCAAAUUGAGGUGGACGAGAAGUCGCAGGAACUUUUGACCAUUAAUACGCACAAGGGUCUCUUCAGAUACACUCGCCUAAACUACGGCGUGAAAACGGCGCCUAGUGUGUUCCAGCAGAUUAUGGAUACGAUGCUUACGAAUGUUCCCGGGACUAUUGCAUAUCUGGACGAUAUUUUGGUUGUCGGUAGCUCAGAGGAAGAGCUGACUCAAAGGCUGGACCAAGUUGUGGACAAUCUGAUCGACUACGGCCUUAAGAUCAAUAUGGAGAAAAGUGAAUUUUUGCGGAAGGAGAUCCACUAUCUCGGGUUCAUAGUCAACGAGAAUGGGCGUGCCCCUGACCCAGAGAGGGUGAAGGCAUUCCAGAGCAUGAAAGUGCCGAAGAACACGAAGGAGCUGCAAUCGUUUAUGGGGUUGGUCAGCUACUACGGUCCGUUCAUCACUGGGUUGCACAGUUUAAAACCUCCACUCAGCCGACUUCUGUGCAAGGACGUGGAGUUUGUUUGGUCUCCAGGAUGUCAAAACGCGUUUGAUGCCAUAAAGACAAAGAUAUGCGACUCAACUAUGCUAUCGCACUUCGAAGCUGACAAAGAAACCAUUGUCCAGGCAGACGCCUCUGAUUACGGCUUAGGCGGAGUCCUUAUUCAGAAGGACGCAGAUGGGAGAGUACAGCCAAUCAUGCAUGCCGCCAGGUCACUGACGAAGGCAGAACGGAAUUAUAGCCAGAUUGAAAAGGAGGCACUGGCCAUUAUUUUCGCCGUACAGAGAUUCCACCUGUUUAUUUAUGGCAGACCCUUCACACUGCACACUGAUCAUCAGCCACUGAAGUUCCUUUUGGGUACUAACCGUGGUGUUCCCCAGAACGUAGCUAGGAGAAUACAACGUUGGAGUACUAUUCUUCAAAACUAUGACUUUCAGAUCCAAUAUGUGCCCACUCAGAAGUUUGGAGCUCCGGACGCUUUAUCACGACUGAGUACAGGCAACGAAAAUCAAGAAGACGUGGUUGUCGCCAGUACGCUAAUGCAAGAUGAUGACGAGUUUAGAGGUGCCAUCCGGCAGUUGCCGCUCACAGCCGAGCACAUCAGGGCCACCACUACAGCAGACCCACUUUUGCGCCAGGUGAAAGAGUUUAUUCGGAACGGUUGGCCCAGCGACGACAAAGUACACUCAUUCAUAAAGCCUUUCAGGAACAGAAAGGAACAGUUGUAUAUCACGGAAGACUGCAUAAUGUACGAUGGUAAAGUGGUGAUCCCAGCCAGAUAUCAGCAACAAGUUUUGCGGGAGCUCCAUGCCGGACAUCAGGGUAUGACCCGCAUGAAACAACUGGCCCGCAAGUACGUAUAUUGGCCGGGAAUUGAUAACGACGUGGAAUCUUUUGUUCGAAGCUGCGGCCCGUGUGGACGUGAGGCUAAGAACCCACCGAAAGUACCGCCCGUGCCAUGGCCAGAGGUAACGAGACCUUGGAGUAGAGUCCAUAUGGACUUUGCGGGUCCGUUUUUCAACCGAAUGUUUCUAAUUGUUGUCGAUGCAUGGUCCAAGUGGCUAGAAGUUUUCGACGUCUCGGCAGCUACUGCGGAUAUCACGGCAAGGAAGACGGAAGAACUAAUAGCGAGAUACGGCAUCCCCACGGAGAUUGUGACGGAUAACGGCACUCAGUUCACGUCAUCAAUCUUCCAACAACUGUGUCAGAAAUGGGGAAUUCGACAUGUGACGUCACCACCAUUCCAUCCACAAUCAAAUGGCCAGGCAGAACGUUUCGUCGACACAUUCAAGAGAGCGAUGAAAAAGAUGUGGAACACUGGCGUCAAACUGGAGUAUCUCAACACAUUCAUUUUUGCCUAUCGAACAACUCCAAAAAGUGAUCUUGGGGGCCAGACACCAGCCGAACGGUUUUUGGGACGACAGCCGGAUACGCGAUUACAGUACCUACAACCGGAAGCUCGAGUUCCACAAACAACAAAAUAUUACUUUCGCGAGGGAGAGGAGGUGUUUGCUCGCAACUACAAAGCCGGAGAGAAGCCCUGGAUAGAAGGUAUAGUAAGAAAAUCCAGAGGUGUUGUGUUCGAGGUGGAGACAGCAGCUGGAAAAAUAAAAAGGCAUGCAAAUCAGCUCAGGAUUAGACACACCAGAGACAGUCAAAUGGCACUCGACUUGCUGUGUGAUACCUUUGAGGUUCCAACCCCCACGGUAGACAGUCAGACAACAUUACCCGUCGUUCGUAGAAGUAGCAGAAGAACGCAACCGCCAAGGAAACUGGUCUUGGACCCGAAGAAGAAGAGGUACGAGGUCCAACUUUCAAAAGCGGGAGGUGUUAUGGAGAGUGAAAGCGGCGUAGAGCCACGGCCUAGGGCGCCAAACAAAGGACCAAGUGGGCGACGUGAGUCACGCGCGAAGUUAGACAACCGACCGGCGCGCACUGCAGCGCCGAGCACGCGUGGUGGCUUUGCUCACGGGUGCGGCCCAAUCAAUGGAUGGCCGAACAUUCCAGACGUUUCCGCGGCGGGGUCAUCGCGCACACGGUGGCCAAUCAGCGACCAGCACGCUCGGGACAGGAACAUUCUAGAACGCCCUCUAUGACUGGCACGUCAUUGGACGGAAUGUUCCAGAACGCACGGGAGCCAAUAAAUAGCACACUUUCUUACGAGUUAGAACUCCCUCCUGUCCGCAAGUUCCAAUAAAGUGCUUGUCCUACGAACCGGCUCUCUUCCUGUCCUACCUUCCUACCGGGUCAUAACAACCAGAAUGAGGAGUUUAUUGUGAACAGAACCCGGGGUUGUCCUCUCAGGUGGCAGUGGCCACUGGCGAAGCCAGGGCUGGUGUUGACUGCGUCCAGUCAGGCCUGAGAGUCCCAGGGACAGUUGUGGCAGCCAUUUUUGUAGGCUCGUCGGCCAAGCCCAAGUGGUCUCCAAUCGGUGUGUGUUGCAUUUGCCGAGGGGUGGUGUCUCAGUGGCUUGUUCUGCUGGUUGCAGGGGGUGGCGCGUUCAAGUGGCGCAUGGGCAGCCGCGACGCUGUGUGGACGCAAUUGUGUCCGAGCUGAAGUCGGUCGAGUGGCUUUAGGUCAGCUCGUCUGGGACGGUUCGCUGCAAGUGGCGAAUGAACUUGGGGCAGCGGGGUCUUGAACAACGACACCAGACUGGUCAUGAUGGCUGGCCGCCACAAGCCUACAGACUCGUAUUGUAGAACACAUGAGGGCAGUCAGGAGGAUAGAUCCUCUGACUCUGUUGGCAGAAUACUGCACCGACUCCGGACACACGUUUGCCUCCGGAAUGGCGAAAUUCUUCCCCGAGGAAACAACCGCAUGACCAGGGAAACGAUCGAGGCCUGGCACAUUGGCACAACCUCCAUCAAACGUCGUGUGGCGCUUCCUGCGGCCUACCCAGACCCCGAGACGCAGCUCAAUGAGCAAAAGAGCAAACGCGAGCCCAGCCUAAACAUGAAUCCAAGCAUGAGCAAGUCUAUUGCGGAUACACACUCAGCCGCCCCUCAACCUGGGUCCGACGAAGGCACAGUCGUCACAACAGCCGUUCCAUCCACUAGUCCGACAGACAAGAAAACGGACAGUCGUGGCGGCGUAAGUAAGAUUGACAGCCUUGGUCGACGGUUAAGGUCAGUGAAGGUACGAACGACGGCCGCCCCUUCCAUCCUACCGCCCUGA